AAAAAGGAAGUACGAGGAAAAAGUCGGAGUCAGACUGAGCUUUUCGCCAGAGACAGAGGAAUACAGAGACCGAGAGAGAGGGAGCGCGCCGAUGACGUCACGGUCGGCGUCUCCGCCAUCUUAGUUUUGGACCGAGGGGCGGCAACUUCGGAAGUGCGCUGCGGGUGCGGUCGUGGAGAUGCUGAGGCUUGGAGGCCGCGGGGUUUUGCUGGCCCUGGCCGUAGCCGCAGCAGCGGUGAUGGCAGCACGGCUUACGGGCUGGUGGGGUCCCCGCGCUGGCGUUCGCCUUUUCAUACCGGAGGAGCUGUCUCGCUACCGCGGCGGCUCUGGGGACCCGGGCCUCUACUUGGCGUUGCUCGGCCGUGUCUACGAUGUGUCCUCCGGCCGGAGGCACUACGAGCCUGGGUCCCACUACAGCGGCUUCGCAGGCCGAGAUGCAUCCAGAGCAUUUGUGACUGGGGACUACUCUGAAGCAGGCCUUGUGGAUGAUAUAUCUGACUUGUCAUUCUCUGAGAUGCUGACACUUCAAAGUUGGCUUUCGUUCUAUGAGAAGAAUUAUGUAUGUGUUGGAAGGGUGGUAGGACGGUUCUACGGAGAGGAUGGGCUGCCUACCCCGGCACUGACCCAGGCGGAAGCUGUGAUCACCAAAGGCUUGGAGGCAAACCAGCAAGAGCUGGAAGAGAAGCAGACGUUCCCGCCGUGCAAUGCGGAGUGGAGCUCAGCUAGGGGCAGCCGGCUCUGGUGUUCCCAGAAGAGCGGAGGUGUGAACAGAGACUGGACUGGUGUCCCCAGGAAGCUGUAUAAGCCAGGUGCUAAGGAGCCCCGCUGCGUGUGUGUGAGAACCACGGGCCCCCCUAGUGACGAGAUGCCGGACAGCCUGACACACAGAAAUCGUGGGGACUUGGACCACCCACACUUGGCGGAAUACACGGGCUGCCCACCUCUCGCCGUCACGUGCUCCUUCCCACUCUAAGCGGAGACUUUCAUGUGGCUGACACACAGAGCUCUGCUGAGAACUUGAGCAUGCCCUUGACAUGUGUGUGGCCUGGGAUGGCCCCUGGCGUGAAACAGGAGGGUCUGGAAGGACUCUGGUUGUAUUCUGCAAAUGUGACUCUUGCCCCUCUCCUUGGCUUAGUGCCAUGGGGCCCGAGGGACAGCGCAGCCACCUGCCUAGUACUGGUCAGCGGCUCACCACUACUCCCCUCAACCCACUAGUCAUCUUCCUCAGAGCCUGCAGAUGUCAGUGGGCACGGCUGUUAUCAGCUGAAUUUGAACUUGAAUUUAUUCCCAAAAGCCUGCUGAGCUGAUCAUAGCUGGGCCAAUAUAGUAAGAGGCAAUCAUCACUUAGGAUGGCUGAUUCUGGAACCGGGAAAGCUUUUACUUACGUGGAUACAGCAAAUCCAGCAACAAUUUAAAGCAGAGGCAUUUUCUCUCCUUUAAGGACUUAAAAUCAGGUGUGGUGUGUUUUCAAAGGAGAGGUCUGCAUUUUGAGCAAAAGGUGGUUUCCCAGCUCUGACAAGGUAACUGGUUAGCAUGACAUUACAUUGGGCAAGGCUGCAGACUUCA